AUGGCCGGUCUCCGCUUUUUGAGGCUUGCUUCUUCUUCUCCUCUUCGUAACAGGUUUAUUCCUCAUAGCAGUCGAUAUCGAAGUUAUACUAAAGGAUCUGGCCAUAGUGAUCAAAAACUUGCCAGACAGUUCGGCAGCGAAGAAGAGUUAUCGCAAUCUCGGCCCUGGGCAACUUAUGUUAUUCCCUCAGCAGCUGUCAUAGCAAUUGCUGGAAUUGGCUUAUUCAUUAAAUAUAACGAUGAGAGGAGAGCUAUUCCCAAGGGAUCGAAUCAAGGUUCUUUCUCCGACAUGAAAUAUAUCAACAAACCUGCUAUUGGAGGGCCAUUUAAGCUUUACGAUACUGAAAACCAUUUGGUAACCGAUCAUGAUCUUCGUGGAAAUUGGACACUGAUGUACUGUGGAUAUACUUCAUCCCCUGAUGUAGGCCCAGCAGAAGUUCAGAAGAUGGCCAAGGCCAUUGACAUACUAGAAUCGGAAUACAGUAUUAAGCUUAAACCUGUAUUUAUUACUAUUGAUCCAGAACGUGAUACCCCGGAUCAGCUACAAGCAUAUCUUAAAGAGUUUGAUUCAAGAAUAGUGGGACUUACAGGCCCAAUCGCUGCAGUUAGACAAAUGGCACAAGAGUACCGUGUUUACUUCAAGAAAGUUGAUGAAGAAGGCCAAGAUUAUCUUGUUGAAUCUUCAAACAACAUGUAUCUAUUUGACCCGAACAUGGAAAUUGUGAAAACAUUUGGGGUUGAAUAUGAUGCAUUACAGUUAUCUGAUGCAAUUGUUCAGGAGGUGAAGAAGGCAACAAGAUAACCAACUGUUGGUGAUCCAAACACUUCUAUUUUAUCAAGGUAAUAACUUGGCUAUUCCUCAGCAAAAACAUACUUCAUCCUUCAGGGAGACGGAUGAAUAUAAGUGGAUCCGGUUAGUAGUUCAAUGACAUGUUUUGAGUGUCGUGUUGCUAAGAAGAAAUGCUGACAUUAACUUUCCGUUAUGCCUGAAUGCCUGGUUCUGAUGUUAUGCAGUUUCACGAGAAACUUUAGACUUCAGACCUCAAUAAGCAGAAACUAUAGUCUAUGGGGAGCAUGAAACUGUACUUUUUUCAGGUUCCCUACAGCUGAUGGCUGCUGUGAUCCAAGUUAUGACUGGUAUAGUACAUUGUUUCAUUUGUCAUGACAUUCGGGAUCAGUGCCUUGAAUAUUUAAUGAAUUAGUAAUUGCUUUCUCAAGAAUUCUA